CCCAAAUUUUUAUUUUGGUUGUGUCUUCAAGACAGAAUUGAUGGGUGCUCGGGCCUAGCUACAUGUACACGUGGCGCAUGGCUAUUGGGGUGCGAGAUGGAACGUGGAGUAGUCUAGUAGUAAGCAGGACACGUACGCGAGCACGGAGAACCGUCGACCUCACACAUGGAUGCAUGCACCGCCGUUGCAUGCGUGCAUGCGCCACGUCGGCACGUCCUCGACAGACACGUGUGCAUGCAGGUAGCUAGCUAGAAACCUCUGCAUUCCAUUCCAUGUGGAUCGGAUCGGCCAUGGCGGCUCCGGCCAUCUGCAUGCUACUUAUUUAUACCUGCUCCAUCGACCAUGCAUGGCAGAUGAUAUCAACUCCAUCUCUUGCAGCUUGAUCAGUUGGAGAACCAGAGUAGUAGGACGACGCAUGGCUUCAUCGGCGGCGAGUCAGCAGCAGGCGGCAGGGAGCAUGAUGGCGCGGGUGGACCGGCUGGACCUAGUGGUGGCGUACCUGGAGGAGGGGAUGCGCCACCACAGCGGCAGGUCGUCGACCACCGCGACCAGCACGCUGUCCUCGUCGUCGUCCCCGACCACGCCUCGGUCUUGCCGGCCUCACGGGUGCCGGCCGGCGGAGGAGCUGCUGAGGGAGGCCGAGGCCAAGGGCAGCCUCGUGGACCGCAUCGCGUUCCUGGAGGACCGGGUGCUCCGCAUGGAGGAGGAGCGCGUGGAGUUGCUGUCGUCGAGCAUGACCACGCCGACCUCGUCGGGGAAGAGGAGGACGAUGAGGAUGAUGAUGAACGGCGGCGGCGGCGGCGGCGAGGCUGGGGACGGGAGGAAGGGGAAGAAGGGGCUCAAGAGCCUGGUCAAGUCGUGCGUCCGAGCAGGCGCCAAGAUCAAGACCAAGACCAAGGAAUAGCCAUCAUAUCAAGUUUUCUUUGUCGGAUGAGUCAUCAAGUUUCUAGUACGGUCUAGUCGUGUGCGCGCACACAUUUGUAUAUGUUGGCGUGGCGUGUACGUAGGACGUACACCCUGUACAAUACACGUGCCUGUAA